AGUGCCCACUCCCGCGCGCUGCGCUCCCGCCGCGGGUGGGCUCCUCAGCCCCUGGCUGGCCGUGGCCCCUGUUGCGCGGCGGCCUCUGCAUCCCACCUUCCCACUACGGCGCCCCGACACGUGCGAUCCUUCUUUGGGGUGUUCUCCGUUCCCACGCGCGACUACCAAGCAGAGGGCACCCAACUUUGCCACCUUGCGGGUUGCCCUCGCUUGGUGCGAGCCUGCUCGCUCAGCUGCCCAACUGGAGACUCCGUGUGCCUUGCAGCCGAGCUGGUUGGUCCCCAGCCUGGCGCGCUGCGAGUGGAGGAUAGCUCUGGAGAAGUGGCGGGGUGCAGUGGCGUCUGCUGCCUCGACUUCCCUUGUAGCGCGCUGAAGAGGACCCCUGGAGCCGCUCCGGGCCCCGGGGCGCUGGAUGAUUAGCAGGAGGAACGCGCCCCGCAUCUGGGCUGGUGUGAAGACUGGGCUUGGAAGCCCAUGUGGCUGUGCAGUUCAGUGUGAUUCAUGACGGAGGCCACACGGCUCUACCCUCUCUCUCCUCGGUACCUUUCACACAUGAGGAGAAGGUGAGCUCCACAGAAGACACAUUCCCAGAGUCAGAGGCCCCUUGCCCACCAUGAAGGGAGCCUGCGUCCUUGCAUGGCUGUUCUCAAGCCUGGGAGUGUGGAGACUUGCUCAGCCUGAGACCCCGGACCCUGCCCAGUGCCAGAGAGCAGAGCACCCCAUCAUCUCCUACAAAGAAAUUGGCCCCUGGUUACGCGAGUUCAGAGCAGAGAAUGCUGUGGAUUUCUCGAGGUUAACAUUUGACCCCGGACAGAAAGAACUUGUUGUAGGAACAAGAAACUAUCUCUUCCGAUUACAUCUUGAGGAUCUGUCUCUCAUCCAGGCUGUGGAGUGGGAGUGUGAUGAAGCUACCAAGAAGGCCUGUUACAGCAAGGGCAAAUCAAAGGAGGAAUGUCAGAACUACAUCCGUGUGCUCUUAGUGGGCAGGGACCGGCUGUUCACCUGUGGGACCAAUGCUUUCACACCUGUCUGCACCAUCCGCUCGUUGAGUAACCUGACUGAGAUCCGUGACCAGAUCAGUGGCAUGGCCCGCUGCCCCUACAGUCCCCAGCACAACUCUACCGCCCUGCUCACAGCCAGCGGGGAGCUCUACGCUGCAACAGCCAUGGAUUUCCCCGGGCGAGAUCCAGCCAUUUACCGGAGUCUGGGCAAUUUACCUCCUCUUCGAACAGCCCAGUACAACUCCAAAUGGCUCAAUGAACCAAACUUUGUGUCUUCCUACGACAUCGGAAAUUUCACCUACUUCUUCUUCCGAGAAAAUGCCGUGGAGCAUGACUGUGGGAAGACAGUGUUCUCCAGGGCGGCCCGGGUCUGCAAGAAUGACAUUGGAGGGCGGUUUCUUCUGGAGGAUACCUGGACCACCUUCAUGAAGGCUCGCCUCAACUGCUCCAGGCCUGGAGAGGUGCCCUUCUACUACAACGAGCUGCAGGGCACCUUUUUCCUGCCGGAGCUGGACCUGAUCUAUGGCAUCUUCACCACCAACGUGAACAGCAUUGCUGCCUCUGCUGUAUGUGUCUUCAACCUGAGCGCCAUCUCACAGGCCUUCAAUGGACCCUUCAAGUACCAAGAGAACUCUCGUUCAGCCUGGCUGCCUUAUCCCAACCCCAACCCCAGUUUUCAGUGCGGCACCAUGGACCAGGGCCUGUAUGUAAACCUGACAGAGAGAAACCUACAAGAUGCUCAGAAGUUCAUUCUGAUGCAUGAGGUGGUGCAGCCAGUGACCACGGUGCCCGCCUUCAUGGAGGACAACAGCCGCUUCUCCCACUUGGCCGUGGACGUUGUGCAAGGCAGAGACACCCUUGUCCACAUCAUCUAUCUGGCCACAGAUUACGGUACCAUUAAGAAAGUGCGGGCCCCCCUGAGUCAGAGCUCGGGCAGCUGUUUGCUGGAAGAGAUUGAGCUUUUCCCAGAGAAGAGGAGAGAGCCCAUCAGGAGUCUACAGAUCCUCCACAGCCAGAGUGUCCUAUUUGUGGGGCUGCAAGAGCAUGUGGCCAAGAUCCCCCUGAAGAGGUGCCACUUUCAUCAAGCUCGGAGUGCCUGCAUUGGCGCUCAGGACCCCUACUGUGGCUGGGAUGUGGUGAUGAAGAAAUGUACAAGCCUGGAGGAGAGUCUGAGCAUGACACAGUGGGAGCAGAGCAUCUCUACCUGCCCGACCAGAAAUCUCACCGUGGAUGGGAGCUUUGGUCCAUGGUCUCCAUGGACACCCUGUACACAUACAGAUGGCACUGCCGUGGGAACCUGCCUCUGCCGGUCACGCUCCUGUGACAGCCCAGCUCCACAGUGUGGUGGCUGGCAGUGUGAGGGCCCUAGAAUGGAGAUCACCAACUGCUCCAGGAACGGAGGCUGGACUCCCUGGACCUCCUGGUCGCCAUGCAGCACCUCCUGUGGCAUCGGCUUCCAGGUGCGCCAACGCUCCUGCAGCAACCCCACGCCCAGGCACGGAGGCCGCGUAUGUGUGGGUCAGAACCGGGAGGAAAGGUACUGCAAUGAACAUUUGCUCUGCCCACCACACGUGUUCUGGACAGGCUGGGGACCUUGGGAACGGUGCACGGCCCAGUGUGGGGGUGGCAUUCAAGCCCGCCGUAGGACCUGUGAAAAUGGGCCUGACUGUGCAGGAUGCAAUGUGGAAUACCAGCCAUGUAACACCAACGCAUGCCCAGAGCUGAAGAAGACCACACCGUGGACUCCCUGGACACCUGUCAACAUCUCCGACAACGGUGGCCACUAUGAGCAGCGUUUCCGAUACACCUGUAAAGCUCGCCUGCCGGAUCCAAAUUUGCUGGAAGUGGGGAGGCAGAGGAUCGAGAUGCGGUAUUGUUCCAGCGAUGGAACCAGUGGGUGCUCCACAGAUGGCCUUUCUGGAGACUUUCUACGAGCUGGGAGAUACUCUGCCCAUACAGUCAAUGGGGCAUGGUCAGCCUGGACAUCCUGGUCACAGUGCAGCAGGGACUGCAGCAGGGGCAUUCGGAACCGGAAGCGUGUUUGCAACAACCCAGAACCCAAAUAUGGUGGCAUGCCAUGCCUUGGUCCAUCCCUGGAGUUCCAGGAAUGCAACAUUUUACCCUGCCCAGUGGAUGGUGUGUGGUCUUGCUGGUCAUCUUGGUCUAAAUGCUCUGCAACCUGCGGAGGUGGACACUACAUGAGAACCCGCUCAUGUACUAACCCAGCCCCAGCCUAUGGAGGGGACAUCUGCCUGGGACUGCACACUGAGGAGGCGCUCUGCAACACACAGACCUGCCCAGAGAGCUGGUCAGAGUGGUCCAACUGGUCUGUGUGCGAUGCAUCUGGCACCCAGGUCCGUGCUCGUCAGUGUAUCCUUCUAUUUCCUGUGGGUAGCCAGUGUUCCGGAAAUACCACAGAGAGCCGGCCAUGUGUGUUUGACUCUAAUUUCAUCCCAGAAGUGUCUGUGGCAAGAUCCAGCAGCGUAGAAGAGAAAAGGUGUGGAGAAUUCAACAUGUUCCACAUGAUGGCCGUGGGGCUCAGCAGUUCCAUCCUCGGCUGCCUCCUUACCCUGCUUGUCUACACCUACUGCCAGCGCUACCAGCAGCAGUCCCAUGACGCAACUGUCAUCCAUCCCGUCUCUCCUGCUGCUCUCAACAGCAGCAUCACUAACCACAUCAACAAACUGGACAAAUAUGACUCUGUGGAAGCCAUCAAGGCAUUUAACAAGAACAACUUGAUCCUAGAGGAGAGAAACAAAUACUUCAACCCUCAUCUCACUGGGAAGACCUAUUCCAACGCCUACUUUACAGAUCUCAACAAUUAUGAUGAAUACUAGCAGCUAUUAUGCUUUUGGCUCCUUGUAAACUCUCUGCUCAUCAAAGCUGUGCUCCAUGACUGCCCAUAUUUCUGAGGCUUCAGAGACUAUGUGUAGAAUCAUUUCAAGUGCAUCUCAAGCCAGGACUUUCCCAUCGCUAUCAAAAAAAAGAAAAAAAUGCACACCUAAGUGUGCUGUUGUGAAAAUCUGGUCUGUGGCACACAUUUGAUUGUGGCAAAGUGAGCCAUGGUAUGGAGUUUUGCAUUGUAUUCAUCCCAAACUCUAUCUGGCCUAUUGUUUUCAGGAGUUUUAUUUCAUAAAUGUGCCAACCAUGUUAAAAAGUGUCUUCAGAAAUGUAGCAUAUUCAUGCUUUUGAGUAUAGAGUAUCAUGAUGUUUUAAUUUGCAAACAAAAACAAAAUAAGACAAACAAACAAAAAAUAAACCAGACACUUUAUUUGAGAGGCCCCUCUCCCAUCCCACAGGGUCCACAGUUAUUCACAGAGCGAAGAUAUGACUCCAGCCACCUUUUCCAGUCUGGGUGGCUCUGUGGGAAACAGCUUGUUUGCACUUGGAGCGAUUCCUGCCCAGGGAAGCCCAAGGAUUCCACCUGCCUUGGACCUGCCUAGUCCUGGUACUCUGAGACCUUCUGCUAUAGUCUGGGCAAUGGCUGUCAUCACUGUUCGGUGAACACAUGAAACAGAGAACAGACAGUGAGACACACAGCAGCGAUUUUGCAGCUUGCAGUGAAACUGGCCUUACUCUGACUUUCGGAUUCCAUGGCAUCCCAGGGAGCUCCGUGCCAUGCCGUGGGCUUGAAGACCAUUUGCCUGGGUAGUAGCAAUGUGCCGAAGAGCCACUCUUAGCAUUUGGGUAGACUACACACCCCUUCCUCCCUCCCUGCAGAAAAAAAAUCUUCAACAUCUAUGAUGCCAAUUAUGGAAAAUAUUGAAAGUACCACACUGUCAUUGAAAGCUA